AUGAGUCUUGGUUUCGGUGUUGGCGACCUGGUGAUGGUGACGAGUUUGGCGUGGAAAUUAUACAAGGCAUGCAAAGAUUCUGGUGAUGACUUCCGGAACCUGUCCCAUGAGCUUAUGUCGCUGGACGCUGUUCUGCGCGAGACUUCCGACUAUCUGACAGAACACACGGGCCUAGAGGUGUCGCGCCGGAAUCGUUUGAACAUCAUCUGCUCAGGGUGUCUCCAGACAUUGCGCGAUCUGGAAGAACUGGUGAAUAAAUAUCAAAGCUUAGGUACUCAGGCACAGCGCGCAUGGGAUCGUGUGCGCUUCGGACUCCGCGACAUAUCAGACCUGCGUCAAAGGGUUGUGUCUUCCGUCACGCUUCUCAACGCCUUCAACACAACAUUGCUCAAUUCAUCGCAUGUACGCAUGGAGAAGAAACUUAACAAGCUGGUGGAUGAGGUUCAGGCCGGUCUCCGCGAGGGCUCCGUUAUAAGUACCAAGGAUGUUGUGGAGACCAUCGACUCUCCUGAUGUCUGGGCGGAGCUACGACGAGAGUUGGAGGAUAUCGGGAUAAGUAACGUCGUAGUGGAGGAGAACCGCGAUUUCAUCCGCGACUGGAUGAAGACUGCCUUGUCAGAAGGAUCCAUGGAGGAACGAUCACCACCCCCAAACACAGAUCAGGGUCGCUCCCUCUCAUGUCCGAAUGUGUUGCUCGAGCAAUGGCCAUCUCGAUCUUCGCUUGUUCCGCCCAGUGACUCCGGCUAUGGCAGUGGAGAGUCUAUUCGAAGGUCGAGUGUCCUAUCCCUCAACACCGCAAACGCAGAUUUUGAGAAAGAGCUACAGCAGCAGCGGACAAAUCGAUCUGUGGGAGACAUUUUGGACUAUAUGUCUGUGGAGCCGUUAGUGACACCAAAGGUCAAGAAGAAGAAGGACCCGGGUGCGCUUCUACAGAAAUUGUUCAAGAAAGACACUGCUAUUGUCCAGGCGGCUAGCGACGGAGAUAUCGAGAAAGUCGCAAGGCUUAUCAGUGUCGGUAAAGACGUCAACGCCCGCGAUACAUGGGGUUGGUCAGCUCUCAGCAUGUGCGGUUACGGCGGACACAAAGCCAUUGCGAGACUUCUUCUCGACCACGGCGCAGAUCUUGACAAUAUCGACGUGGACGGCGAUACGCCAUGGAGUCUUGCCACUCAACGGGGACACGCAGAACUGGUUGUUAUGUUUGAUGAGGAAAGAGCAGCCCGGGACCUAAAGUUGAGAGAGAUGGACACUGAGGUUCCCCGACCCUAA